UCCUUCUCAGUCUUAUGUCUCUUUCUCCUUAACAACCCCCUCCUCUCAUAGCCCUCCACAACAAUAUUAAAAGCCUCAAACACCCCCAUUGACAUGCUGCCUGUCCCAAAUGCUAAGCAAGGUUAGGUGAAGAUAGCAACGUUGAGCAGCAUCAAAAACCUUCCUUUUUGCAGAAUAACCUGACGUGGGAUCUUGAAGUUUUUUCAACACUGUCAUUGAUCAGAUGGUGAAUUUUGUCAAAUGAAAAGAACUAAAACUACUGGUUGAAGAGGAGGGACUCCGGGCAGUGUUGGUGUGUUUCCACUUUUUGGUGUUUCCUUGCCUUGUUGUGUUUUGGAUAAAAUGUUGCUACAGAUAUCACCCAGUUUGAGGCAUGUCACUGUGCUUCCGGGAAAAGGGUUGAAGGAAUUUAUCAAAGUGAAGGUUGCAUCAAGGAGGCUAUCUUAUCGGAUGCUCUUCUAUUCACUCUUGUUCUUCACAUUCCUUCUUAGGUUUGUGUUUGUUCUGACAGCAGUGGAUAACAUUGAUGGAGAAAACAAGUGUUCUUCCAUAGGUUGCCUGGGAAAAAAAUUGAGGCCAAAGAUUUUGGGAAGAAGUCUUGAGUCAAAUGUCCCAGAAGUAAUAUACAAAAUAUUAGACCAACCUCUUGGAAAAGAUGAAUUAGAGCAAAGGACUGAUAUACCUCAGACUUUAGAAGAGUUCAUGGUCCUAAUAAAGGAAGGUGGAUAUGAUGCCAAGACAUUUGCAAUUAAACUCAGAGAAAUGGUGACCCUUAUGGAACAAAGAACCAGAGAAGCCAAAAUCCAAGAGUAUUUAUAUCGUCAUGUAGCAUCAAGCAGCAUACCAAAACAGCUUCACUGCCUUGGCUUGAAGCUGGCCAAUGAGCACACCAACAAUGCAGCUGCACGCCUUCAGCUACCCUCUGCAGAACUUGUCCCUGCUCUGGUUGACAACAACUACUUUCACUAUGUUCUUGCCUCCGACAAUGUGCUCGCUGCCUCUGUGGUUGCAACAUCACUUGUUCGCAACAGUUUGCAACCUCAGAAGGUUGUUCUGCACGUAAUUACAGACAGAAAGACUUACUAUCCCAUGCAAGCUUGGUUCUCCUUGCACCCUUUAUCACCUGCCAUAAUUGAAGUCAAGGCACUGCACCACUUCGAUUGGUUUACAAAGGGAAAGGUGCCUGUGCUGGAAGCAAUGGAAAAAGAUCAAAAUGUGAGAUCACAGUUUCGAGGAGGAUCAUCAGCUAUUGUUGCAAAUACUACUGAGAAGCCUAGAGCAAUUGCAGCAAAGCUGCAAACACUUAGUCCUAAGUAUAAUUCAGUAAUGAAUCACAUUCGCAUACAUCUUCCAGAGCUGUUCUCAAGCCUUAGCAAGGUGGUCUUCCUGGACGAUGACAUUGUGGUACAAACUGAUCUUUCACCUCUGUGGGAUAUUGACAUGAAUGGAAAAGUCAAUGGAGCAGUAGAAACAUGCAGUGGAGAAGACAAGUAUGUUAUGUCAAAGAGGUUGAAAAGCUAUUUGAACUUCUCACACCCUUUAAUAUCCCAAAAUUUUGAUCCCAACGAAUGUGCUUGGGCUUAUGGCAUGAACAUUUUCGACCUUGAUGCUUGGAGGAAGACCAAUAUAAGCUCUACAUACCAUUACUGGGUUGAGCAGAAUAUAAAAUCAGACCUCAGUUUGUGGCAGCUAGGGACAUUACCACCUGGAUUAAUAGCAUUCCAUGGUCAUGUCCACAGUAUUGAUCCUUUCUGGCACAUGCUGGGAUUGGGAUAUCAGGAAAGUACAAGUUUUGCUGAUGCUAAGGGUGCUGGUGUCAUCCAUUUCAAUGGCAGGGCAAAGCCAUGGCUAGAUAUAGCUUUUCCUCAUCUAAGGCCAUUGUGGACUAAAUACAUUGACUUCUCAGAUUACUUCAUAAAGAGCUGCCAUAUCAAGGCAUUGUAACUUUGAUCAUGAGAAAAAAAAUGGCUUUUUUUGAUGGGUGGAAUGAAUGGUAUGUGCAUAUAGAAGAAGAUGGAAAUGAGAGGACUUCUUCAAAGCAUGUGCCCUUCCACCACCACAAAGAAGUGGCAAGACAACAAUCUAUGGGCUCCUUGGAAAGAUGCACGCUUUUGUUUCAAUUUUCCUUUUUAACUAUUCAGUUGAAAUUCUUUUUCUCUUCAAUUCGCAAUGUAAGUAUGAGUAUUAGAUCAUAUAUAUAAGAAAAUGCAGUUCUUUGGAAAA